CAAAUUAUCCCCCCCACUAAUCAUCUCCAGCCGUGGCUGAGCGGUGGUUUCACGCGCAGUUUGAAAGGGAAAGGUAGAAGGACAGCAGUCUGUUGCGAUGACAGCAAAGUGCUAUCUCUAUAUUUUGUGGAGUGUUUUAUCACUUUGCUCCCCCAGCUGUGCACUGGACACUUCUGAAUCUACAUUAACCAAAAGGAAAAGGGUUUUCAAACUGGGAACGCCAAAUUCUAAACAAAUCAAACAGUCAGGCGCUUCUCCAUUACCUCACCUCAUGUCCCCAAGGCCUCACCCUCCUCCUCCGACACCUCGACCCAUGCGUCCAGAGGAGCCCGGGCCAAAGAUCCAGUCGGACUUUGCUUACCUCCCAGACGUUUCUGUGACCUGCUCCACGUCCAACUUUGUCGUGCGAGUCAAACCGUCUUUCUACGGUCUGGGCGCGGACGCAGAGGAGCUGAAAUUAGGCAGCACCUGCAAGAGCAACGGGGUCCUCGGGCCGUACGGGGACCUGCUCUUCACCUAUCCUCUGACCUCGUGUGAUGCCGUGCGGGAGUCGCCCCGCGGUUAUCUGCUCUACAAAUUCGUGCUCCAUUACGAGCCUUCGUCAAAACGUUUCCCAAGCAGAGCGCACCGGAUCAAUGUCGACAUUGAGUGCCAUUAUCAAAGGAACCACCAUGUGUACAAACUGACUGUGCAGCCCACCUGGGAAACUACUGUUGUGCGUAAAAAGCUGAGAGGAAGUCCAAGUGACUUCCAGAUGGAGUUGAUGGAUGAUUCAUGGAGCAGACCAGUCAAGUCCCAGGUGUACCAGAUUGGAAAGACUGUUAAUUUCCAAGUCUCUGCUCCUCAUCUCUCAACUGGUGGGAAACUCUACAUCAAUACCUGCUAUGCUACACCAUCCAGUGGCUCUACGUCAUCCCUCAAAUACGCCAUCAUUGACAAUUUUGGCUGUAUGUUGGACAGUAAAAGUGACCCAGGGGGCUCUCAGUUUAUCUCUCGGACGGACAAGACCCUGAGAUUCUCCCUCAAGGCUUUUCAGUUUACAUCUGACCCUGACAUGGAGGUCAAUAUUCACUGCAAAUUGUUUGUCAUAUCUGAGGACCCGGGUCCUGCACACAAAUCAUGCACCUACAGAGGGAACAGAUGGAAGGCCCUCACUGGUGACGACUCAGUUUGUGAAUGCUGUGAUUCACAAUGUGUGACGUCUAAACCCUGGCGGGCCUUGAUGGAAGGCUCUGCUAGCAGUGGAUCAUUGAUGGUCUCUGAUCAGCCGUACACAGCAGAAGAUGACUUACCACCAGUCACCAGAGAAGGCGUUGAGCUGAAAAGUCCUGAGAACCUGUGGGAAAGUGCAGAUUUAGUCAAGUACAAUGAUGACGACGAGCAUGACUACGCAGAUGAAGAAGAAGAAGAGGAGGAGGAAAAGCAUGAACGAGAUGAAGAGGAUAGUGGGUUUAUCCACGGAGUGAUGACAGAACCUGAUGAGUUAGGUUUUAGGGAAAGGGUCUUAGUGGAGGAGAAGACAGAGUCUGUAGGGAAGGAUUCAAAUAAUUUCGAAGAGGAUGGGUCAGGGUAUGUAGUUCAAGAAGAGAGUGAGGAAGAUGAGAUCAAUUUGAAUCAGAAGGAAGCUGAAGUGUUGCGACAUUGGGAGGAGGUGGAGCAGAUGUUCCAAUCAGAAAACACCCUACAGAGAGGGUUACAUCUGCUAGUAUCUGAAGGUGAAGAAGAAAACAGGAAUCAUACAGGUAGAGGGGACGAGGAUGACCGGUUGAUAGCCUCUGAGGUGGAGUGGAAGAACGAUGACGGCCUGUCAGAUUUAGUAGAUGAUAGUGAGAUGACCUGGUAUUUCAUAUGGAGGUAGCAUUAGUUGAAUGCAUCGAUCAGUACUCUGCUCAAAGAUUUUUGUGACUCUCCAUUGACAGGAUAUUCUGACUUAUUUCAAUAAAAACAUAAA